GCUUGUGUGGUGAAAAGAGAGUUCAGAAAAGCAGAGCAGCUGAUCAAACACGCUGUGUUUUUAGCAAGAGAACAUUUUGGACUCAAACAUCCAAAGUAUUCUGACACACUACUGGAUUAUGGUUUUUACUUAUUAAAUGUAGACAAUAUAUGUCAAUCAGUUGCUAUUUACCAGACGGCCCUGGACAUCCGACAGUCUGUGUUUGGAGGAAAGAACAUCCACGUUGCCACUGCUCAUGAAGAUUUGGCAUACUCCUCGUAUGUCCACCAGUAUAGCUCUGGGAAAUUUGACAAUGCUCUAUUCCAUGCAGAACGUGCCAUCGACAUCAUUACUCACAUUUUGCCAGAGGACCAUCUUCUCCUGGCUUCCUCCAAGAGAGUUAAAGCUCUGAUCCUGGAGGAAAUAGCCAUCGACUGCCACAAUAAAGAGACAGAAGAGCGCCUCCUGCAGGAAGCUCAUGACCUGCACCUCUCUUCACUGCAGCUGGCCAAGAAGGCUUUUGGAGAGUUCAAUGUACAAACAGCCAAACACUAUGGCAACCUGGGAAGACUCUACCAGUCCAUGAGGAAGUUUAAGGUAAGAAGCUGUUUGGAGAAGGCUACAGUGGGCUGGAGUAUGACUACCGAGGCCUGAUCAAACUCUACAACUCAGUGGGGAACUACGAAAAAGUGUUUGAGUACCACAAUGUACUGUCCAACUGGAACCGUUUAAGGGACCGGCAGUUUGCUGUAGCAGAUGCUCUGGAGGAUGUCAACACAACCCCACAGCAGACCCAAGAAGUGGUCCAAGUUUUCCUACAAGCUCAAAGCCUUGGCCCUACUCGAUCUUGUCUUAGCUGAAUUUUAUUAUUUUAAUUUCUUUGCUCCUGUGGAAAAAUGGAACGUGAAAGAUUUGAAUCUGGUGAGAACACACGUGAUGCUGCCAGUAGAAACACACACACAUGUUGUAAUAUUUACUAAAGAAACGAGCUGGUCUGCUCACUCACACAGGAAAAUGCAGUAUCAGAAGAAGGCGUAGCAGCUC